CCCGGGGGGAGGUGGCCGCCCGCUGCGCGCCGAGGCCUGCGAGCAGGUCCUCCGGCGUCCAGUCACUUGGAUUGCCCCCGGCCGCACCAUGGCCUUGAGGGCCGAGGGCGCUGCGCUGGACUGCUUCGAGGUGACGCUCAAAUGCGAGGAAGGAGAGCGGGAGGGGGCGGGGUGGGGGGCGGUAUUCCCGCGCCCGGAGCCGAUGCUCAGAGUGACCCAGCAGGAGAAGACCCCACCACCUAGGCCCAGCCUGCUGGAGGCCAGCGGUGAUGGCUGUGAGGAGCCCAAGCAGCAGGUGUCUUGGGAGCAGGAAUUUCUGGUGGGCAAUAGCCCUGGAGGCAGCGGGCGGGCGCUGUGCAUGGUGUGUGGAGCCGAGAUCCGGUCCCCCUCAGCUGACACGGCUCGCACACACAUCCUGGAGCAGCACCCUCACACCCUGGACCUGAGCCCUUCUGAGAAGAGCAAUAUCCUGGAGGCCUGGAGUGAGGGGGUAGCCCUUCUGCAGGACGUCAGAGCUGAUCAGCCCUCCCCACCCAGCUCAGACCUAGGCAGGGAUGUCGAACCAGACCCAGACUCCAACCCAGACCCUACCAGAAUGCCAGCAGAGAUCGUGGUUCUCCUUGACUCUGAAGACAACCCAUCCCUCCCUAAAAGGACCCGGCCCAGGGGCCUCCGCCCCCUCGAGCUUCCUGCUGCCCCUACCAUAGAACCAGCAAAUAAGAAGCCCCGUGGUCAGAGAUGGAAGGACCCCCCUGGGGAAGAGCCAAUCAGAAAGAAAAGAGGCAGACCUAUGACCAAAAUCCUGGACCCCGACCCAGACCCCCCGUCCCCUGACUCACCCACAGAGACGUUCGCGGCACCUGCUGAGGUCCGGCACUUCACGGACGGCAGCUUCCCCCCUGGCUUUGUCCUUCUGCUUUUCUCCCACACCCAGCUCAGGGCCUCGGACAGCAAGGACUCUCCUGCAGAGAGGAGAGUGGCUGAGGGAGCCCUGCCCCAGCCAGAAAGCCCCUCUCCAGCUCCCCCUCCGGGGCUUCGCGGGACACUGGAUCUCCAGGUUAUCCGUGUGCGGAUGGAGGAGCCCCCAGCUGUCAGCCUCCUGCAAGACUGGUCCAAGCACCCCCAGAGCACGAAGGGCGUGGGAGCAGGUGACACCCCAGGCUGGCCUGCAGUUUUGUCGGAAUCCAGCACCACGGUUGUAGGGGAGCCAGAGGCAGGGAGUGGGGUGUAAGUUCUUGCUUUCCUGGGGAAGGAGGGCGGGUGGGAGGAAGAAGGCAGCGUUCCCCCUUGGCUUAUAACUCAGAGCUACCCUGCUCGGCCACCUGUUGGAGAGUGAAAUCAGGUGCCAGGGCAGGAUGGAGAGCUGGCUGGAGCAGCGUCUGCUCUUACUUUGGGACAUGGAAAAUGUCUGCCCCGGCCAGGCCUGUGGUGGGGCCCUGAGGUAGGCAGGGGUGGCCGAGGCUGUUGCGCAGUAGGGCAUUGGGCCUGUGGAGAACACCUACCCCAAUCCUUUGCUGACCCACACCUCUAUUUGUCCCCACACCUCCUCACACCCUCUCAGCUCCCCACCAUUCUCCCUUGGCACAGUGCCUUACACAGAGGUGGUCAUGGCGGGGUUUGAACUGAGUCCCACUACCUCGGGGAACACCUCUCCUCCCCCACUUGUUCAGGCUCCUCAACUAGGAAGCCUCCAUUACCUCUUCCCACUUCAUCCCUGCAGAGGGCUGAAACAGCCCACCUGGGUGCCCUAGUCACACCCACUCUUCUUUUCACCUGUUUUCCUGUUGUAUAUAUCACCUUUGUUGACAAUAAAUUAUUUUUUUUUAUUAAGAGAGUUCCGUCUGGGCCAUCAUUGGGGAAGG